AUGGACUCUUCACUCGGCUCAGGAGCUCCGAAGGUGCCCAAUGCAACCGUUAAUUACGAAGGAAACAAGAAUGGGGCCUCAGCCUCACCAGGCGCAUCGGAGCGCAGGCCAAACGAGGACAACACAGGAACCGACAACCAGCAAGCCCCAUCAGGACCCGUUUCCAAACGCAGACGAAUGGAAAGCCAACAAAACCGAAAGCGCGGCCGCACACCUCCUUCAGUCUUCUCACGUCGUGACCGCUCCCGCAGCCCUCACAACGCCUCCCGCGAAGGCCCCCGACGAUCUCGCUCUCCCUUGCAACCUCGCAGCCCUCCACCCGCCGAUGACCCGCCCAAGCAGCGCAAGCGCCCAGGCGGCGGUGCCCGCAUGGGAAUCGUCGACCGCGAGACCAUGAGACGGAGACAGGAGGAUCGCGACCGGCAAGAAAUGGAAGAUGCGGAGCGAAUGUCCCGAGACCGUGGCGUGACGGACGUCGUGCGGCAGCACUACAAUGCGGUCCCUGAGCGUGGCCGCGAGUGGCGCAAGACAGAGAGUAAGAUCAAGGGGCUGCGCAGCUUCAAUAACUGGGUGAAGAGUACGUUGAUUCAGAAAUUCGCGCCUGAUGAGGAGUUUGGGGCGCGGUUCGAAGAUAGCAAGAAUUGGGCGGAGGAUAGUAUGGGUCCGCCUCCUAUGGAUGAUAAAAAGCUUCUUGUGCUUGAUCUGGGUUGUGGAAAGGGUGGUGAUUUGGGGAAAUGGCAGCUUGCACCGCAGAAGGUGGAGCUCUAUGUUGGACUGGACCCGGCCAAUGUCUCUAUUGAGCAGGCACGGGAUCGGUAUGCUUCUAUGCGAUCUGGGCGUGGACAGCGGGGUCGACGACCACCUCCGGCGUUGUUCCAUGGGGAGUUCCAGACGAAGGAUUGCUUUGGCGAGUCGCUGGGCGAUGUUCGGAUCAUCCAGCAGGUCGGCUUUGAUCCCAAUGCGGGUCCCGGCGCGAACUUGAUGGCAUCGCGAUGGGGUCCAGGAGGUGGUUUUGAUGUUGUUACAUCCAUGUUUGCGAUCCACUACGCAUUUGAGAGCGAGGAGAAGACGCGUCAGAUGCUUAGCAACGUCGCUGGUUGUCUCAAGAAAGGUGGUCGCUUCAUUGGCGUGUGCCCGAACUCAGAUAUGAUCACUAGCCGUGUCAGUGCGUUCCAUGAAAAGCGUCGGGAGCGUGAGGCUGCCAAGGGCUCUCAGCCCGAGGCUCCGGAAGAUGGCGAGGUUGAGGAGGAUGAGAAGUGCGAAUGGGGAAAUGAUAUCUAUCGCGUCCGGUUCCCUGGCCCGACGCCUGAGGACGGUGUCUUCCGCCCGCCCUUUGGAUGGAGAUAUACCUACUUCAUGCGUGAAGCCGUCGAAGAGGUGCCUGAAUACGUUGUUCCUUGGGAGGCAUUCCGCGCCCUGACCGAGGACUAUAACCUUGAACUGCAGUACCGCAAGCCCUUCCUGGAUAUUUGGGAGGACGAAAAGAACGACCGCGAGUUGGGACCACUCAGCGAGCGUAUGGGAGUUCGAGACCGGGCUACGGGUGCUCUCGCUAUGACCGAGGAGGAGAAGGACGCAGUUAGUGAGUAA